AUGACGAUGUGGAUGUCCAGUCGACUAGAAGUUGAGAUAGUGGACGCGGUGGAUCUGCUGAGCAUGCAGAUGGCGUGCGAGGUGUUCGAGCAGCACGCUCUGAAGCAGAACGAGCAGCUGCUGGACAUCGCGCAGCUGGUCACCUGUCUGACCAGCCUGUACCAGCGGCUGGAGCAGAGCCACUCUCACCUGGUCAACGUCCCGCUGUGUGUGGACAUGUGCCUCAACUGGCUGCUCAACGUCUACGACACUGGUCGCACCGGAAAGAUCCGAACCCUGUCGUUCAAGACUGGAAUCAUCUCACUCUGCAAGGCUCACCUGGAGGAUAAAUACAGAUUCUUGUUCAGGCAGGUUGCCAGUGCGACAGGUUUCUGUGACCAGCGGCGCCUGGGCCUCCUCCUCCACGACUCCAUCCAGAUCCCCCGGCAGCUCGGAGAGGUCGCCUCCUUCGGCGGCUCCAACAUCGAGCCCUCCGUCCGCAGCUGCUUCCAGUUUGCCAACAACAAGCCGGAGCUGGAAGCGGCCAUGUUCCUGGACUGGAUGCGCCUGGAGCCUCAGUCCAUGGUGUGGUUACCCGUCCUGCAUCGCGUGGCCGCUGCAGAGACCGCCAAGCACCAGGCCAAGUGUAACAUCUGCAAGGAGUGUCCCAUCAUCGGGUUCAGAUAUCGGAGUCUGAAGCAUUUCAACUAUGACAUUUGCCAAAGCUGCUUCUUCUCCGGUCGCGUCGCCAAGGGACAUAAGAUGCAGUACCCCAUGGUGGAGUACUGCACUCCGACUACGUCAGGGGAGGAUGUCAGGGAUUUUGCCAAGGUGCUGAAGAACAAGUUCAGGACCAAGCGCUACUUCGCCAAACACCCCCGCAUGGGCUACCUGCCCGUGCAGACCAUCCUGGAGGGGGACAACAUGGAAACUCCUGUUACCCUGAUCAACUUCUGGCCUGUAGACCAUGCGCCUGGAUCGUCCCCUCAGCUCUCUCACGACGACACACACACUCGGAUCGAGCACUACGCCAACCGGUUAGCAGAAAUGGAGAAUCGUAAUGGCUCUUAUCUGAAUGACAGUAUCUCACCCAAUGAGAGCAUCGAUGACGAGCACAUGUUGAUCCAGCACUACUGCCAAUCCCUGAACCAAGGCUCUCCCCUCAGCCAGCCCCGCAGCCCCGCCCAGAUCCUCAUCUCCAUGGAGACGGAGGAGAAGGGGGAGCUGGAGAGGGUACUCAAUGACCUGGAGCAGGAGAACAUGAAGCUGCAGUCGGAGUACGACCGUCUGAAGAAGGCCCACGACAGGAAGGGCCUGUCCCCGCUGCCGUCGCCCCCGGAGAUGAUGCCGGCGUCGCCGCAGAGCGUCCGCGACGCCGAGCUCAUCGCAGAGGCCAAACUGCUGCGUCAGCACAAAGGACGCCUGGAGGCCCGCAUGCAGAUCCUGGAGGAUCACAACAAACAGCUGGAGUCACAACUACACCGCCUCAGGCAGCUGCUGGAGCAGACGGACUCCAAGGUGAACGGUACCGCCCUCUCUUCCCCCUCCACCUCCUCGCAGCGCUCCGACUCGUCCCUCCCCCUGCUGCGUGUGGCCGCCAGCCAGACUAAUGACACCAUGGGUGAUGACGAACUGUCCAGCCCUUCCCAGGAUGCAUCUGGUCUGGAGGAAGUCAUGGAGCAGCUCAACAAUUCGUUUCCUCAUAGCCAUGGAGGAAGAAGGGGAUACCCGUGAGAGGUUAGUCGCUCACCUUCCUCCAUCUCCACCUCCUCAU